UUCUUGUUUGCGCACAUAAUUACAGUUAAUUAGCACUCUGCAUUCACAAUAUGGAGAGAGUUUCUCUAAUUUUCCUACAUUCUCUACUCAUGUUGUUUUCUUGGCUUACCCUUGCUACGACUGAUCAAAUCAAAAGUGAUGAAUCUUCACUUCUUGCCCUCAAAUCCCGCAUCACUUCAGAUCCCGACAAUUAUUUGAAAAAUAAUUGGACCAUCGGAACCUCCAUUUGCACAUGGAUAGGAGUUACGUGUGAUUCACGUGAUAGUAGGGUGACUGCUUUAGAUCUCUCAUAUAUGGGACUCGAAGGCAGCAUCCCACCAGAAAUCGGAAAUCUUUCUUUUCUUGUUUCUCUAGAUUUGAGUUUGAACUCUCUUUGCGGCCCCCUACCAAAGGACAUCUGCAGGCACAACAACCUUCAAAGACUCGAAGCACUUUACCUCUUCUCCAACAAAUUGGAGGGUGAGAUACCAUUGAGUUUGGGUGAAUGUCCACAGCUUGAGUUUAUUAACUUGUCAUACAACAACUUUGGUGGACAUGUGCCAUCACAAAUUGGGAACAUCACACAACUUAAGGCAUUAGACCUUAGUUGGAACAAUCAAAGAGGUACUAUUCCAAAAGAGAUCGGAAAUCUUCAUAAUUUACGAUACAUGAAGUUGGAAUCUAACCAACUUAUUGGAUCAAUUCCGAGAGAAGUGGGGAACAUGACAGCUCUUUUCGAAUUACAGCUCCGUAAUAAUAGUUUAAGUGGUAUGAUUUAUUAUUCACCUAGCCACAAGUUUAGUUACUCAAGCUAGCUCGUGAGUUAAUUUCUUUUUUUUCUUAUUUCAUUUGAUCUUGUUUUGGUUGGUUUCAGGGGUUAUGUUUAGAAGGUUAAAAACUAAUUAAAAAAAGCUUAUUACAAGUCUUCAAAUAACAUAUAUUAAUUUCUUGUUUGUUGUAAAACGCGCAUUAACAUAAAUUAAUGACUAAUAACGUGUCUCAAUUAUUAAAACUGAUUGGAAAUGAAGAAUGGCUAAUUCCUAUAAUUUUUCGGAAAAAACAAGUAGGCUUAUUUCUUUUUCAGUUAAUUAUGUAGUGAGCAUAACCUAAUAAUAUAUGGCCAUAGACAGAUUUAUAAUCAUGUAUUAACAAAACUGAUACUGCUAACAAAUAGAAAAUUACUACUAAAAACAAGUAGAUUAUUAUCGCAUAUGCAAUUUGAGCCCAGUAUCUCUAGACUUAAAAUUGCCUCACUACUAAAACCAAGUAUCGAACUUAGAGAGUGUUUGGCUGAGCUUAAUUAUAAGCUCUUUAAAACAGCUUAUAAGCUCCUUUAAAAUGUUUGGUAAAAUAAGCUCCUAAAUAACUUAUAAGCUAUAAAAAUAAGUUAUAAGAGAAUAUAAGCUCCCCAAAAAAUAAGUUCCUCUAUUCCAACUUAUU